GGUCCGGGGAUAUUUGCAGCAGCCUGGCGCACAUCCCUCACCUGCCUCAGCUCCUCUCCUCCGAGUCAGUGCUGCACACAUCCUGUUUGAGAGGGAGAGGCGAAGGAGGUAGAGAAUCAACAGAACAGACUUCUUAGUCCAAUUUAGUCAACUUUUAUAUACAUUUGUAUUUUAUUUUGAAAGACUUUCCUGGCGAUUUUUCCACAGACUGAUGGUAUUUUCUUUAAAGGUGUAUUUUGACCCUACUUGUGGGAGCUGAAAUGAAGGUGCGCCUGAACGCAACAUUUUUAACGUUGUUCAUAUACGGAUUUUUGUUGGCACCUUAAUUAAGUCUAUAGUUUUAAAGUUGUAGCCUACCUUAGCGUCAUUGGAGGCGUUUGGCUAAAGGACGUCAAUCCAGUGCCAAAUUGUUGAACAGGAGAAAGAAGUUCUCCGCUUGAAGCGUUGGAUUUAUGUGAACUAAAACAAGAAGUCGUCACUAAGAAAAUAAUCUGGAUUCCGUGAUGUGUGUUUGAAAGUUUCCCCGAUCCGAAUUAAUUUCGUUCGGACAGGGGGGGACUUUAAUGGAUUUUUUAUGUGGGACCCGCUAGGAUGGACGUGGUAGAUGAAACAGAAGCGUUACAGAGAUUCUUUGAAGGUGCUUUGAUCUCAAGGACAUCAACAUGCUUUGGCUACGCGCAGGUCAUGAUAUUAUCAGUUCUCUGGAGCCAGCCAACAUCGACACAAGUAUCCUGGAAGAGUACAUCAGCAAGGAGGACGAUAGCACUGACAUCUGUUUCUCAGAGGUCCACAGCACCCCAGGACCAAAUUACUCAUCUCCCCAGGCAGGAGUGUCCUCCUCUGGGGGGUUGGUGUGUGGUGUGAGCCCCCCUAUUCCACUGCGCCAAGGAGCCCCUCCGCCUGGGCCUCCUAACUGUCAGAACGCCUACCCCCCAGGUCCAUCCCUGGGCCUCCGACACAACUACCUCUGCCUGGGACAGCCGCAGCAACACCAGCAGCAGCAACAACAGCAGCAGGCUCACAUCAAGCCUGAGCACAGGGGCCACUACGCUCCAGGGACACUACCUGAGUCCCCCCCAGACUCCAGCUCAGAGCCAUACUCUCCACAGCAGGUGAAUGAUCCUCACAUGAUCCGGACCAUGACACCAGAGAACAUGUGUCACAUGACUCCAACGCCACCCCUCCCACCACACGGGCACUAUCCCAGCAUGCAUCGGGACAUGUACCUGAAGCCUGAGUCAAUGAUAUCACAGUAUCCCAUUGGUCCAGCCACAAGCGGAAGUGGAGACAUGCAGCAGACUCAGAUGCUCCAUCAGCUACUGCAGCAUCCACAGGGGCAGGACAGCAUCCCUGUUCACCAGGCCAAGAAGAGGAAGCACUCUGACUCUCCCAACAGCACCCUCAAUUCCCAAAUCCUCACAGGUAUCAUCAAACAAGAACCAGGUUUAAUGCAGGAUUCGGACAACUCCUACCUGGACCCUAACUAUCAGUGCAUUAAGUGGCAGCCUCACCAGCAGAACAAGUGGACACCACUGUAUGACGCAAACUGCAAAGAGCUUCCAAUGCCAACCUACCGUGUUGAUGCUGACAAGGGCUUCAACUUCUCCUUGGCUGAUGAUGCUUUUGUUUGCCAGAAGAAGAAUCAUUUCCAGGUCACAGUAUACAUAGGCAUGCUGGGAGAUCCCAAGUACAUCAAGACAAGUGAUGGCCUGCAGCCCAUUGACUGUUUCUAUCUCAAACUCAACGGCGUAAAGGUGGAGGCUGUCAAUCAGUCUAUCAGUGUGGAGCAGUCACAGUCGGACCGUAGCAAGAGACCUUUCAAGCCAGUGAUGGUCACCCUGCCCUCAGAGCAGGUCACAAAGGUCACAGUGGGGAGGCUCCACUUCAGCGAGACCACUGCAAAUAACAUGAGGAAGAAGGGCAAGCCCAACCCUGACCAGAGGUAUUUUAUGCUGGUGGUGGCGCUGCAUGCUCAGUCCCACAGUCAGAGCUACACUGUGGCUGCCCAAGCAUCCGAGAGGAUCAUCGUCAGGGUAACGUCUGGCCAUGCAUCCAACCCAGGCCAGUUUGAAAGUGACAGCGAGGUGCUGUGGCAGCGUGGCCAACUGCCCGACUCAGUCUACCACCACGGGAGAGUUGGCAUCAACACCGACCGGCCGGAUGAAGCACUUGUUGUCCAUGGCAACCUGAAGGUCAUGGGCUCUCUGGUACACCCGUCUGACAUCAGGGCCAAAGAAAAUGUCCAGGAGGUCAACACCACAGACAAUUUGAAACGGAUUUCUCAGAUGAGGCUUGUCCAUUAUCAAUACAAGCCUGAGUUUGCUGCCACCGUGGGCAUAGAGAACACUGCAGAGACUGGAGUGAUCGCUCAAGAGGUCCAGCAAAUCUUGCCUGAAGCAGUGAAGGAGGGCGGUGAUGUGGUGUGCGCCAAUGGAGAAACUAUCCCCAACCUGUUAGUGGUCAACAAGGACCUUAUCUUCAUGGAGAACGUGGGAGCGGUGAAGGAGCUGUGUAAGCUCACAGACAACCUGGAGACUCGUAUAGAUGAACUGGAGCGCUGGAGCCGAAAACUGGCCAAGCUACGUCGUCUUGACAGCAUGAAGAGCACCGUGAGUGGAAGUACUGUCAGCCAAUCAGGGAGUUAUUUCAGCAGAACGGGAAGUGGCGCACUCAGGAAGAAGACAGUCAAACCUGGGAGCAAGAAUUCGGCUCCAGAUCAAGGCUGCAUCAGCCAGAGGUUCAUGCAGGGAGCCAUUCUGGCACUGGUCAUUGUCAUGGCCUUCAGUGUCAUUUCCAUGUCCGUCCUUUAUGUGUUAACUCUUCACCAUAGAGGCGACGUCACAGAGAAAGAUGGCUAUGUUCCUCCCUGUGUUCUCUACAUCUCUUGGAUGCCCAUCUUCACUGCCACAGUAACUUUCUGUUCACCUGUCUGCCCAUGGUCCAGAGCUGCACUGGGAUCCUCACGUAGGAGUCCAUAUACCCCACUGUCCACCACCCCUGCACCAACUUGUUGUUCAACUACAGCCAUAAGCAACCAAUCAGCUAUAGAUUUGAUAUUGAAUAACAACCAAUCCACACCAGAUUUAGGCAGCCUGGUUCCCACACCAGGAACUAUGAUCAAGAAGGCCAAGUCCAGACCAGUGGACAAGGAUGGCCGCAAUAGAAACCGUUUGAGUCACACCUCAGCACCUUUGUACUUUGCCAAGGCUAAAAGGCCGGCACCUACAGACCUGGACGGAGUGGGAGCUACCAACCGUCUGCCCCCGGGUCAGCCGUCACUGCCACGCAGACAACGCAGCCUACACACAAAGGGAGGAAAGUCAGCUCCCUCUCUGACUAGUCUACAUAUCGUGGAGACAAACCAAGAGAUCACAGCAAAAAGUUGUGCAACACCAGAAAGCUGCAGCUAUACGGUAUCACUCCAUGGAAACAGAAAUUCCUCCAUCUCACAAAUCACUUUGCACAUGACGUCCAUGAACAGUGUGUGGGUACGACAAUGUGGAGCCACCAAGGGACGUUUAUGCCCCAACCACACAGAGACAGAGCUCUAUGGGGGACAGAGUACAUCAACAAAGGGGACUCAUCACCUUUGGUCAGUGCCCAUGCUGUCCUUCCAGGACAUCACCUAUCACUUCCGUGUCUCCCUGUCCAGUGAGGCGGGAUGUUCCACAGAAGGAGACACCUCAUCAUACUCCGACUACCAUUUUAUCUUUCAAAGCAGCUGUGUGUGAGAAGGAAGAUGUGUCCCGGUGCCUUUACAAUACACCACAUUUGUGGUUUCAUUUGUAAGAUGUUAUAGGAUAGGAUUUUGUCUUAUUAUUGUACGCUAUUUUUAAAGAUAUUCCUACAGAACAAACUAUAUACCACUGUCCCUGUUACUGUUAUCCUCCACAUGGA